AUGAAUAGAGAUAGGUCUUGGAUGAAUCACAAUGGGAUACAGGAUAGACGAAAAACCGCGUACAAAUUAGGGGUUGAUGAUUUUCUACAGUUUGCUUUCAAGGAAAUAAGUAACGAAACACCGUUGAAAUGUCCGUGCUUGAAAUGUAGAUUGCUUUUAGCCCAAAAUCGAAAAGACAUGCAAUGUCACUUACUAGUAUAUGGUAUCGAUAGUAGUUAUAAUCUAUGGGUUAGUCACGGAGAAAAUGAUGAGCAAUAUGAUAAUAGUGAUGAAGCUGACACAGAGGGGACCGAGGAGGUUGAGGAAACUGAAAUGCCCUUUGACGACAUGGCUCCAUUAAUUUCCGAUGCAAAAAAUGCGUGGAAUUCAACUUCUUCGGUGUUGGAUGAUAAUGACAAUACUACUGAUUAUGGUUCAAGUGGGGGCAAUAAUGAAUAUCCAAAGGAGUUAAUGACAUUGGUGGAAGAUAUGGAGGCCGAGUUGUAUCCAGGGUGUACCACAUACAAGAGAUUAGAGUUCAUUAUCUCAUUGUUACACAACAAAGUAAGCAAUAAGUGGACCGACAAGUCUUUUACAAUGUUAUUGAAGUCUUUGCAUAGGGCUUUUAAUUAUGACAAACAUUUUCCUGCAAAUGAUAAUCAAGCAAAAAAAUACACAAGAGCAUUGGGGCUAGAUUAUGUAAAGAUUGAUGCUUGUAUUAACCAUUGCAUUUUGUAUCGAAAGGAAUUUGCGAAUGAAGAAAAAUGCCCUAAAUGUCAGGCUCCUAGAUGGAAGGAGAACGUUGUGCAUGGCGGUGAUGAAUAUUCAGAUGAUGAGGAUGUGGAUGUCCAAAAGACAACUCGAGUUCCUCAAUUAAUCUUGCGUCAUUUCCCCCUAAUUCCGAGGUUGCAAAGGAUGUUUAUAUCUUCAAAGUUAACAAGGCAUAUGCGAUGGCAUAAAGUUGAUAACAAAGAUGAUGGUAUAAUGAGACACCCAGCAGAUUCAGAAGCAUGGAAGUCUUUGGACACAAUAUUUCCCGAAUUUGCUAAAGAUGCACGUAAUGUACGCUUGGGUUUAUCUAGUGAUGGGUUUAAUCCCGGGGCUAACAUGAGUAGUAGAUAUAAUAUUUGGCCAGUGAUGUUGGUUCCGUAUAAUCUACCUCCUUGGAUGUGCAUGAAGAGUGAUAAUAUGAUAUUAUCUUUAUUAAUUCCUGGCCCUAAAUCGCCAGGAAAUGAUAUAGAUGUAUUUUUGCAACCUCUAAUAGACGAACUUAAGGAAUUAUGGGAGUCUGGGGUAAAAACCUUUGAUGCACAUUCCAAAGAGACUUUUAAUAUGCGGGCAGUGUUGUUGUGGACUAUUAAUGACUUUCCAGCUUAUGCUAAUUUGUCCGGUUGA